GAUCUCCCUUAUUGAGCUCUUGGACGCGGGUCCUUUGCUUCUUCCUUUCUUCCUCCCCUCGACCCCCCACUGUCGUCAUUCGUUAAUCGCUCCUUCUCAUCCGUCUGCCGAGGCAUAUUCACUUGAUUAUCUACUUUUUCGCGAAUUCUGUUUCUCUUUCUUUGCGCUUCCUAUCUUCCCAAUGUCUUUCGCCGGGCUAUACCCUCUUCGCGAUAACACUCGGCAAGCUCCGCAGGAAAUACGCCAAGUUCCAGCGGUGCGAAGUCACGUGUUGACGUUUAUCCUUACUGCGCUCUCCAGGGCUUCUCUAGGGUCACGUCAAUCUGCGUUCACUUGCGCUACUCCACUUGGCUCUUUCCAGUCACCCGGUAUAACUUCUAAUCAGCCCCCAACCGAAAGACUGAUCGACGGUUAACCGGGUUCGUCUUCGGAGGCCAGGCCUGGUUCCUCAGAGCUAACCUAGCCUGACCGAAGGCUGGCGGCGGGCGGGAGGCUGUAAGCGUAAAUUUCUUGCAGAUCUUGAAACUUCGGUCGGUUACGUGCAUCACGCACCCCAGACUCCUUAACGGUCCAUUUCACUUGUCUCGUGUCAAUUCUAAUAAUUUUAACGAUUAUUUCCUAUCUGUAUCUUCGUCCUUUUCCCGAGGCUUCCUGCCCUCGGGCCUUAUGUCCAUUUCAUAUCAUACCUUUAUAUACCUGUUACCCCUAACCUAAAUUUUCGAAAAUACCUAACACGGCAAAUCGGUCCGGGCAUCGCGGUAAUUCGGUAUCGCGCGCGAGUAUCCGGUCAUUCGAGAGUCCAAGUAAAUAAUGAAUCCGCAUCGAAAAGUGACAAGUGCGAAAUUAUCAAGGCGCCCGAACGGAUCUCGAGUUUCGAGUAAGGACGAACUGGACCCGUGAACGAUAGACAAGGAAAACUGAUAAGACGAGGAUUUUUUGAUUGGCUCUCUGAAGAAUUACUAUCUGUUUUCACACAAGCACAUCCACAAGAGAUCUCUGUCUACUAGUGACCACCACCAUACACUGCUCGAAAAUGAGACCCAGGUACAUUGGUUUCAACAGCAACACGAAAGAAAACGUAAGAAAAGGGAUCUGAAUGGGCCCUCCUUUUCGUUUAGCGACUACCCAGGUUUCUUCGACGAGUUUAGCCCUCGGCAGAGGCAAGCAUUUCAUCAGCAGAGAAAUAGGGGUGUGCCGCUUCAAAAUCUCUUCACUGAUCCUCUCUUCAAAGAGCAGUGGUACCUGAAUGGUGGAGCAAAGGAUGGCUUCGACAUGAACCUGGGUCCAGCCUGGCAAAAGGGUUACACGGGAAAGGGCGUGGUUGUAUCUAUUCUUGAUGAUGGAAUCCAGACUAAUCAUCCAGAUCUGGCGUUAAAUUACGAUCACGAAGCAAGCACUGAUAUCAAUGAUAACGAUGACGAUCCUAUGCCACGUGAUAAUGGCGACAACAAACACGGGACCAGGUGCGCUGGCGAAGUGGCUGCUGUCGCUUUCAAUCAGUACUGCGGCGUGGGGGUCGCCUAUAAUUCGAGUAUCGGAGGAGUACGCAUGCUGGAUGGACCGGUCAACGAUGCAGUAGAGGCUAGGGCGCUUGGACUGAACCCUGAUCAUAUAGAUAUUUAUAGUGCCUCCUGGGGUCCGGAAGACGACGGGAAGACAGUCGAUGGUCCUGGACCAUUAGCUAGACGAGCUUUCAUUUAUGGUGUUACAAGCGGUCGAAAGGGUAAGGGGUCUAUCUUCGUCUGGGCGUCAGGAAACGGAGGUAGACAUACGGAUUCUUGCAACUGUGAUGGAUACACGAACAGCAUCUUCACCCUCUCCAUCUCCAGCGCCACUCAGGGCGGCUAUAAGCCCUGGUACUUGGAAGAAUGUAGCUCUACCUUAGCGUCAACUUAUUCCUCGGGGACCCCAGGAAACGACAAGAGUGUCGCGACGGUCGAUAUGGACGCGAAGCUUCGACCAGAUCGUAUUUGCACUGUAGAGCAUACGGGAACAUCGGCAUCUGCACCGUUGGCUGCUGGGAUCGCUGCUCUGGCACUGGAAGCCAAUCCCAGUCUUACCUGGAGAGACAUGCAGUACCUAGUUGUUCUUACCAGUAGAUCAUCCCCAUUGGAAAAGGAACCCGGUUGGAUUCUGAAUGGAGUUAAGAGAAAAAUUUCUCAUAAGUUUGGGUACGGUUUGAUGGAUGCUGGAGCCAUGGUCAGUUUAGCAGAGCAAUGGACCAACGUGCCUCCUCAGCAUAUUUGUAAGUCACAGGAAAUCAACGAAGAAAGAUCAAUAGAUCCAACCUAUGGAUACACCCUGAGUGUUUACAUGGACGUUAGUGGCUGUGCUGGAACUCUAAACGAGGUUCGAUUUCUGGAACAUGUUCAAUGCAAGGUCUCACUGAGAUUCUUCCCACGAGGUAAUCUGAGGUUACUGCUGACCUCUCCCAUGGGUACAACCUCGACCUUACUCUUUGAAAGACCCAGAGACGUUCUAAGCUCAAACUUUGACGAUUGGCCCUUCCUCAGCGUUCAUUUCUGGGGCGAGAAGGCUGACGGCAGAUGGACCCUUCAGGUCAUAAAUGCCGGAAAUCGCCACGUUAACUCACCAGGAAUCUUGAAGAAGUGGCAGUUGAUAUUCUACGGAACAGCAACCAACCCCAUCAGGAUCCGCACUCAGCAAUUUAGCCCGGUACAGCCGCAUGCAUUCUCAGCCCCGAUCUCUCAGAUCCCUCUUAGCUCCGAGGGCAUCAUCGACCCCGAGUUCUCUGGCCCUUCUCCCUUUCAGAACUACCAAGGACCCUUUACCGGAGCAGCGUCGAACGUUCAAGCAUCCGUCGCGACGCUCGAUGGCUCCUCAGCACCGUUAAUGACCAAUCAGCUACCAGAAGACGCAGCUAAUGUUCUAACAGGAUCAUUGGAUCCCGCCAAAAGGAUUCUGCACGACUGCGACCCCCAAUGCGAUCUUCAGGGAUGCUACGGAAAAGGUCCAACCCAGUGCGUUGCUUGUAAGGCCUAUAGACUGGACAACAUGUGCGUAAGUCGCUGUCCGCCGAGAAGUUUUCCUAACCAGGGUGGCGUAUGUUGGCCGUGUCAUGAAUCGUGCGAGACCUGUGCCGGGGCAGGUCAGGAUUCUUGCCUGUCGUGUGCUCCAGCUCAUUUGAGAGUGACCGAUCUGGCUGUGUGUCUUCAGCAAUGUCUUGAAGGCUAUUACGAGAAUAUAGAGAACAAUACCUGCGUACCGUGCGAGGCCAACUGCGCCAGCUGUCAGGAUCGACCGGAUCGCUGCACAAGUUGCGAACAUCACCUGGUGAUGCACGAGAAUAAGUGCUACGCAGCGUGUCCUUUAUACACGUACGAGACGCAGGACUAUAACUGUGCCCCGUGUCAUUCAACAUGUGAGACUUGUAACGGCACCAGCGACAACCAGUGCAUCAGCUGUAGACCAGGAUUAUUCUCGUUGGACGGAAGCUGUCGUAGUUCCUGCCCCGCAGGAUACAGCGCGGACAAAAAGCGUCGCGAGUGCGUACCCUGUCCUCCAGGAUGCGCCACUUGCGCCACGUCCAGCUGCACGAGCUGCAUCGAGGGAUGGAGCUUGAAUAAGAAGGGCUUAUGCGCUCCGGAGACUCGAGCGCGAUGUGACAGCUCGGAAUAUUUCGAGGACGGGCACUGCAGACCCUGUCACUCUACCUGCGAGACCUGCGCUGGUCCUACGGAAGAAUUUUGCAUAUCCUGUCAGAGUCCGUUGCUUCUUCAGGGCCGUAAAUGCGUAGCUCAGUGCGGCGACGGGUUCUAUUCCGUGGUUCGAUCCUCGAGGCCCAUUUGCGCCCCUUGUCUUCACACCUGCAAGACCUGCGUGUCCAGGUUAAAUUGCACCACGUGUCAGGAAGGCUUGCAGUUGCAGAGUGGCGAGUGCAGGUCUUCGUGCGCGCAAGGAUACUACAGCGAUAGAGGUCAGUGCGCCAAGUGUUACCUGUCGUGUAAAACGUGUUCAGGACCUCGAAGGGAUCAAUGCGUGACGUGUCCAAAGGGAUGGCAAUUGGCAGCUGGUGAAUGUCAUCCCGAGUGUCCCGAAGGUUUCUUUAAUUCAACGUUUGGAUGUCAGAAGUGCCAUCACUAUUGCAGAACGUGCAAGGGCGAAGGUCCUCUCGAGUGCACAUCCUGUCCGGCUCAUUCUAUGCUCGAAGGAGGCUUGUGCAUGGAAUGCCUAGGAGCCCAAUAUUACGAUCCUUUGACCCAGCUCUGUAAAGACUGCCAUGCAGACUGCCGCAGGUGUUCAGGUCCGGGUAAAUUCAGUUGCACCGCCUGUACACUACCCCUGCAUCUAGACAAGCUGAACAAUCAAUGCGUUCCUUGUUGCGCGGGAGCUGAAAAGAGCUCAGAGUCAGAGGAGUGCUGCCUUUGUGAUCCUGAAACCGGUGGCUGUAGGAACAGCUCACCGGCUGGUAAGAGACGAGUACCUGGAACUGAAUUUUCUCCGGAGGAGAUGAUCCCCGAGGUGACGCAGAUCUUCGCCAGGAGGGAGGACUCGGCCUACGUGGCUGUGACCACGGCGACGGCUCUUGCUGUGGCCAUUUGCUUUGCAUCCAUCGCACUUUUCGCUGCGAUAUUCGUUGCUCUUCAGGCCAUGUCCAGGCGAAAGGAAGCGACGAUGGGUUACAAGCAACUGGCCCUCAGGGUGGAACCCGUGGAUGAGUUCGAAGCAGACGACACCACCCAACUGAUGACCUAGGCGCAUUGCUCCCAGUGCACUCACUCAUGGGAGGUCUUCGGCAAGAAGUCCUUCGGAAAGUCUUGAAUAAAUCAGGAAUGCAACUCGUCGCAGGAAUAUCAGAUCCAGAAGCGGUGUCGAUGGGUUCCUUGCAAAGGGAUUGAAAAAUUUGAUAAGGAAGGAAGUCUCUUCCGACCGGUGGUUUUAAAAAAUUGCGUAUUACGAACUCGCGAGAGGACAUUGAAUCCGUAUAUUCGCGUGUGGUUACGUCUGUAUGUACAGAAGGUGCCGUUGCGUAAUAUAUGUACGUGCGUGCGUGAGUGCGUGUGCGCGUGAGUGCAAAAGUGAUGUCGUCCAAGGUACCAAGUAGACCCUCAGACGUCGAGGUGUUUGUACAGCGUAACUCUAGCUAGGAACAAUUAUGAACGGGUGCGUGCAUUGCCGGUUCCCGUUGCCCUUGAAUGCGAACGCGUGAUGCGAGUGCGAAUACAAGGCCGAGUAUGAAGGUGUGAAGUUGAAGAAAAAUUAAGAAAAAAAAAAUAAUUACAAGGACACGAAUUGUCGAUUGAGUGAGAUAAUGUUGUAAAGUGCCUGAUUAGUUUAUUCCCUUCAGUUACCAUCCCCUUCACCCAUCUCGGCAUUAUACGUCUUUCCUCCCUCACUCGAACGAACCUACCAGACAGCCUGAAAGCCCACGAAAAUUCGUCACUUUUCAAUCGUUGUCGAUGAGAUGCCGAAGAGUCGCGCGAAAGACUAACGCAAGAGUGGAUGACGAGACAAAGGACAAGAGAUAAAAUUAAGAGAAAACAUUAAUUCGUAAUGGCCGAAGACGAUGAUAUUUAUCCACGGAGACACACGAUUAGAGAAUGCAGCUGCGUUACCGAUUAUCCAAUUAUUUUGCUCUCAUUGUAUAUUUGUAAAGGGUAAACGAAGAAUUGGGGACAAGAAGUGAAGGUAAUAGAAAGAAGAUAAGGGAGUAGUCUUCGUAGCGGAGAAGAUUUGCCUUUAACGAAGAAAUAUGCGAAUUGGCAGAUUAGCGAAGGAAUAAAUAAUUAAUUAAUAGAAAUCAAAGAAAGUGAAAGAGCCCAAGAUCCAAGAGAACGAAGCUUUUGCAAUGUUCGUAGUUCAGUUGUAUCGCGAAUUUCAUAUGUCCCAGCUAUUCGAAUUGUUGCACCAAUUCUGCACUUGAUCCCGAUAGCCGCCGUUGCGUUUUGUAAUUAUUUGUUAUUAUUUCAUUGUCUAUGCGUUUAUGUUUGGUAUGCUCACUUUCUACAUUGUUACUUACUCGAACGAUAUUAGGAGCGCGUUUUUUACGCGAUUGACGUUUCAUGUAUACAUAUUUCAAUUAGAGCGACUUGUCCCCGGAUAAUUAUGAGGGCAAGCGCUUAAACGUGCGGAAACGAACCAACGAAAAGACCCGUAUUAUCAAUAUUCUCGAAAAGGCAUGCACGAUUGUGAAUAUCGAAUUUCUCCUCAUGAUUUGAUAUAACGCUAUUAUUGUACUUUUAUGAUGAACACAAUUAUAAAUAUAUAAUAUAAAUGAAUUGUCAAAUCUUUAAUAAUCAUUCAUUUAUUUUCAUUUAUUAAA